ACAAAUGAUUUGUUGGUGCGAUCGUUGGUCGAUAUUGUCAAUGAAAAUUUGGUGCCACAAAAAUCGGUAAAAGUUAUUGAAAUUAACUUAACUCAAGGAUUGUUGGCCAAAGAGAUUGAAGAUUUGAUAACAAACUAUAAUCUCCUUCCCAUUGAUGUCGACUACAAACUAAUCGUCCGAUCGAUGGAUGUAUUGCUAAACGAUUUAUCAUUACAGGACAGAUAUGCUGCCAGUGUUUGGCAAACAAGUGAUAGUGAUUUUCCAACUGAUAUAUCAAUUGGCGAUUUUAUUAUGUUUAGAGACUCUCAGCAUAUAUAUGAUGACAUCAACAUAGAUGUCGACAAAUUUAUCUUAAAUUUAAGCGACUAUAUUGUCAGCAAUGGAUUUUUGUUGACAAUUCAUAAAUAUAUGUUUACGGAUACAGAGAUGAUGUUAAACAAUGACACAGUUAACAAUAGAAAACUGUUGGACAACUCGUUUCUUGAGCAACGGAUCGACCAGUUUAUUACGGCUGCUAAUCGAGCGGGUCUUCGGCUAAUUGGCCGCAAAUAUGACACCAUCGGUACUAUGGCUCUACUGUUUCGCAAAACUGUUGGCGAACUGGUCAAUGGCAACCCUGAUUUACCAAAAAUGAUCAUGGUAGAUUCAUUUAUGUAUGACAAUUGGUUGCCACAAAUCAGGGAUAAAAUAAUUGAAAAUAAUGAAACCAAUAGAUCAAGUGACACGGUUUGGUUGAUAGCCAAUGAUUCCCAUAGAAACGGUAUUUUAGGAUUAAUUAAUAGUCUAAGACUUGAACCGGGAGGCAAUCGUUUCAAAUGUAUUAUCGAUUACAAUACUAUAACCGGCAAUAAUGAUAUCAAUUGUUUGGAUUAUUAUCAAAAAUACAAACAUAUUUUGGCCAAUAGUUUGUCAGUCAAUGUAAUCAAUAAAUAUGAUGACAAAAAUCAACCAAAAGUGGGAACUUAUAGACAUCUUAAGCUAAAUAAAGAUUACGAUAAAAUCAUAUCCAAUGACUAUUUCUUGAAUGUCGGUCAGGGAAGAGAUCUAUCAAGUCUUCAAUGGUUUGAUUCGCGAUGUUUGGUGUCGUCCGAUGAAGGCGUCUAUGAUUUUUCAAAUAACCGAAUAAAACAAAUACCGAUCAAUAUAUACAGUUCUGGACUAACAUUUCGCGACAUUAUGUUUGCAACCGGUCGUAUACCGAGUGGACCGAUGCUAUUAUUUACCGAUUGUCUCAUUGGUAUUGAGUUUGCUGGCCGUCGGAUUGACAAUGGAGAGCGGAUUAUGGGUUUUGAUAUAACCCGAUGUUAUGCGACUAGUAUUCAUGGAAAUGACAAUUUUAUAACUAAAAUACCGAAUCACUGGUCAAUGGACGAUGCGGUUACUAUAUUGAGCACAUAUAGCACCGUAUGGUAUGGUUUGAUAGAUAGGGCUCACUUAAAGAGAAAUGAAAGCAUUUUAAUACAUUCCGGUACUGGAGGUGUGGGUCAGGCGGCCAUAAAUAUAUGCCAAUACUAUAACUGCGAUAUCUUUGUGACGGUUGGAACUGAAGACAAAAAACAGUUUCUUAUCAAAGAAUAUAAUAUUCCUGAAAACAGAAUAUUCAGUUCAAGAGAUAUAUUGUUUAAGUUAAGGAUAAAACAGAUGACUAAAGGAAAAGGAGUCGAUUUGGUAUUGAAUUCAUUGACCGGUGAAAAAUUGGACGCCAGUUACGAGUGUCUGGCAAAUAGGGGUCGGUUUGUUGAACUGGGAAAGUAUGAUCAAAUGAAAAACAAACAGAUCGGUAUGUUUGACUUUUUGAGAGACAUAUCGUUCAUUGGUGUGGCUGUCGAUAUGUGUCUGUUUGAGGCUCAGGAUUUUACAAUCAAUUUCUAUGAUUGGAUGCAUAAAAACUCUUCAAAUGGAUGUAUUAAACCAAUUAAUAGGACUGUAUUUGGUGUUAAUGAAGCGGAAAAGGCAUUCAGAUAUAUGACAACCGGUAAACACAUCGGAAAAAUUAUUCUUAAGAUUAGAGACGAAGAAUCCGAUAGAAAUGCUGUUAAAGAUAUGAAUCCAUCCAUUAGUUUGUUAGUAAAAACUAAGACAUACUUUAAUCCAAAUAAAGUCUAUAUAAUAACGGGUGGUUUGGGUGGUUGUGGUCUAGAAUUAGUUCAUUGGAUGCUAUAUAAGGGGGCAAAAAAGUUUGUACUAAACUCACGCAAUGGCAUCAAAAAUGAUUAUCAAAAAUAUAUUUUGAAACGUUUAGAAACUUUCGGUAAAAAAUACAAAAUGUUUUCAUCGGAAAUCAUAGUAUCGACAGCUAAUUGUCAGACAAUUGACGGCACAAAACAACUUUUAGAUGAAUCACAACAAUUGGGUAAAACAAUUGGCGGUGUCUUUCAUUUGACACUAUUAUUGAAUGAUCUGUUGCUGGAAAACCAAACAACUGAUACAUUUGGUUCAACUGUUGCCUCAAAAUAUAAAAUAUUUGAUAAUUUGGAUCAAAUGACUCGCAAAUUGGACAUCAAUUUAGAUUAUUUUGUAGUAUUUUCGUCGGUAGUGGCGGGCAAAGGAAACGGUGGUCAAAGUAACUAUGCUUUUGGUAACUCAAUGUGCGAACGAUUAUGUGAACAAAGAUCUGCUGAUGGAUUAAAAUCAUUGGCCAUACAAUUUGGUCCGAUCGGUGAUGUGGGCGCCCUGUCUAACAAGGAUCAGGUCGUCCAGAUGUCUAAUAUGAAGAAACAGAGAAUCAAUUCAGUUUUUGAAGUCAUGGAUAGACUACUGGCCGUCGAUAAACUGAUUGUCACUUCAUAUCUAAAAUCCGAACGAAUAAUACAAUCGGGAAGUCGUCAGAAACGUGUGAUUAAGGAGAUGUGGCGGGCAUUGGGUAUCGAUCCGGACAAUACUCCCGAUUAUCUAUCACUGGGAGAGAUAGGACUCGAGUCGAUGUUUGCCGUAGAACUUAAACAAGAGUUGGAACGGGAGUACAAUAUUAAGAUGUCGUUAUAUCACGUCAAGAAUAUUACCGUCCGAUUACUCAAAGAGUAUGAGUCGGGUCGGGUUGAAGACUUUAAUCGAUACGUCCAGGAGAUCAAAGUGGCCAAAACUAAUCUAUUAAAGUGUAAAUUCAUUAUACCUACCAAUAGGAUCACCAAAUUGAAUGACAUUACCGUUGGUCGACCCAUAUAUUUCUUGCCGGCCAUUCAGGGAUCGUUCAAAGUUAUCGAUGAUUUAGCCAAACGAUUUCAUAGGCCAGUUGUCGGCAUCAAUUGGACGCGCGAUAUGGAUGGCAUCGAAUCGGUCAAUGAAUUGACCAAAUAUUUUAUAGAUCUAUUGAAUACUAUACACAACAACAACAAUGAUUCGUAUGAUAUCGUCGGCUACUUUGACUGUGCAUUCAUUGCCACUAAAAUWGUCCGCAARACUCGUGGUGUCAAACGWGCCGUUAUUAUUGAUAUACUAUCGGAAACWCAGUUCAAUGAGGACGCGGUUACCGAUGAAUAUCUAUUGGAAUUUAUCUUUGAUUUCAUGACCAGUAAUAUACCGAAAAUAUUUAAGGAUAAGAUAUCUCGUGAUAUGAAAUCCGAGCCAAAUAUUGAGUCACGUCUUAGACGCGGAUGCAAUGARAUCCGUGAGUUUGGCGGCAACGGUCUGAUGGCCACCGAUUUGGAAGAARUUCUUCGUAAUUCAUUGAAACGGACAAAAAUGUUGGCCACUUAUAGAUCGCUGAAAAUAAAGAAAUUGUUGACAAAACAGCAAAUGAAAUCCAAGAAUCUGAUGGAUAAAUGGGCUAAUAAUAGGCAAAAGCUAACAAUAAUCAAACCGUUUGAGUUCAACAAUAUUGAUGACGAAGAAGUAUUUGUCAAUAAAACAAAUCAGUUAUACUUUUUGCCAACAAAUCCGGUAAACUAUUAA